UUGUAGUAGGAUUUUAGUGGCGAAAACGAUGCGGCGACGAUUCUCCAAGGCGGUAGCGCAAGUGUUUGUCCAUCCCAGUGCGAAAGUAGAUGCGUCAGCGACGCUAUCGCCGUUUGCUGUGGUGGAAGCCAAUGCCAUUAUCCAUGCCAAUUGCAUAGUCGGACCGGGAACUGUCGUUGGAGAACGCGUGGUCCUUGGCGAAAACAGCAACAUUGGCAGCCAUGUCACGUUAACAAACUGCAUCGUGGGGAAGCGCACCGUCAUCCAUGCAGGCGCGCGCAUCGGCCAGGACGGAUUCGGCUUUCUCUUGAAUGACACUGGCGAACAUGCAAAGAAACCCCAGACGCUCCUCGUGGAAAUCCACGACGACGUCGAGAUCGGGUCCCAUUCCAUCCUCCUUCAGGGUUUCGCUCACGCAAAGCGUAGGGCCAACACCACCAUCGACCGCGGCAGUUGGCGCAACACGAUCAUUGGAGUCGGCACGAAGAUGGACAACCUGAUUCAAAUCGGACACAACGUGCACAUUGGUCAAGGAUGCGUGCUGGCCGCGCAAACGGGGAUCGCUGGUAUCCCUUGAACGAUGUCGCAUGGAAUCGAUGGUGUUGCCUGGAUGUAGGAAGCACCACGUUGGGCAAUCGAGUGUACGUCGGAGGCCAAGUGGGCAUCACGCAGCACUUGACCAUUGGGGACAACGUCCGCAUUGCAGCCAAGAGCGGCGUCAUGCACAACUUGCCGUCCAACGCCACGUACGGGGGCGUGCCAGCGAUGCCAAUCAUGCAAUAUCGCCGCCUCUUGGCACUUCACCGCGAAAGUUCUGCGAAGAAAUCGCCGCCUCCAUCAACUUAAAAGCUGGAUACAUGCGAAGACUACUUUCUGUGCGUUGCAUGCACUUGGACCAAUGAAAUCCCAAUCGAGGACAAAUGCACUAUAUCGUUUGCUACAUUAAAGCAUGCUAGUAGUAUUCUACCGUUGACGGAUUUGGCUAGCA